GCGACCAGCGAAGAUAUCUUUGCUCUGAGAAACCCAAUGAAGAGAAGAAGAGCAACCCUUCAAUCUGUGGUCCAGGUUGAGAACAAGGGUAAGAGGAGAAGGAAAAGUAGGGACGAAUACGAUAAGUUGGACAGGAUCAGUGCAUUGCCUGAUGACGUUCUUGUUUAUUUAGUGUCCCGUUUGCCGCUAAAGGAAGCAGUAGCUACCAGCGUCCUUUCUAGGCGAUGGCAGAAUGUGGGACUGUCUACUAAGACCCUUAGGUUUGAUGCUGAUGACUUAUCAAUUGACAAUAAUUUCCAGAGCUACUGGCGCCAAACAAAGGAAUAUAUAGAGCAGGGAAGAUGGAAAUACAUCAAUUGGGUGAAUCAUAUGCUGCAACAGCAUAGAGGCAAACAUGUAGAAGAAUUCAGUGUUAGCUUCUGCUUAGAUAGUCGCUUUUCAAGUCUGAUUAAUGGAUGGAUUCAAUUUGCAAUGGAAAACAGUGUUGAAAAGCUUGAAUUGGACUUUCAACCAGAAGUUUCUAUUGGUUAUAAGUUUCCAAGUAUGGGCUCUUGUUUAUACAAUAUUGGUUUCAAGUCCCUCAAAGUUCUUCAGAUUCGACAUGUUGGUGUUACUGGAGAAGUUCUCGAGUAUUUGUUGUCCAGCUGUCCAUUACUCGAGAGAUUAUCAGUGAGUUGCACAACUGAUUUGGUUAAUUUAAGAGUUGUUGGUCCAUCAAUUGCAUUGAAGUAUCUGGUCAUACGAUAUUGUGGUAACCUGAAAAGCAUUGAAAUCAGAGACGUAAACAUCGUCUCAUUUAUUUAUAUUGGAUAUGUUUCCAUAAACUUAGUUAUCAGUAAUUUACCAUUGCUAUCUGAGGUAAAGAUUUCGAAGGAGACAUGGCAUAAGGAUUACUUAAGUGUUUUGUUUACCCAAUGCUGUCUUUCCAACAUAGAGAUUCUGAAGCUGCAUAUCCACGGAGCGGUCUACACUGAUAAUCCUGCAUUGCCUCUAUUCGCAAGUCUGAAGCAUUUGGAAUUACAAGUAAUAUCAAAUUAUUAUAGGGCACUUUAUCAUUUAUAUAACUUCCUGAAGGCAUCUCCUUGCUUGCGGAGACUCGUGUUGCAGUUGCAGCUAUAUGAAGUGGGUCCAUGUUGCCUGGAAAUUGGAGAAAUUGAGAAAGCACCUGAUUGCCCCCAUAAUCACCUCAAGGUGGUAGAAAUAGAUGGCUAUCGGGCUCAUACAUCUGCUGUCGAACAUGUCAUGUAUUUAAUAAAGAAUGUUGUUUCACUGGAGAAACUUGUUAUUGAUCCUGUGCGGAGAUGGAGAUUCCCUCAUGGAGUGGAUAGGCCAGUUACAGAAAUCAAUGAAGAAGUCAAGGCCAGAGAUCAUGUUAUGGAAUACCUUAAACCAAAAAUACCUGCAACUAUUGUUGCUGUGGCAAAUUUGAUGCCAGCUGAUGAUUCGGUGGACGAGCUUGAUAGUUACAUGUAUCAAACUGUUGGGGACCAGAUAGUUAUCAGUUAUGCAGAAUGCAUGGGAGUGCCAUUGUUCAGAAGGAGAAUACAAGGAUCCACAAGGCAUCAGAAGCUUAGCUAUAGAAUGACUCCUGGCGAUGAAGUUGAAGACAUGUUUAUUUUGUUAAAUGAAGUCAAAAGACAGAUUCCUUCUGUCACUGCUGUAUCUUCUGGUGCUAUUGGAUCAGACUACCAACGGCUGCGGGUGAAAAGUGUCUGUUCAAGGUUAGGCGUUGUUUCUCUAGCAUACUUGUGGAAACAAGAUCAGUCAAUGCUUCUUCAAGAAAUGAUAACUAGUGGGAUUGUCGCGAUUACAGUGAAGGUUUGA